AUGAGUCCUUUUACUACUGUCCACUGUCCUCUACUGUCCUCUGUCCUCUACUGUCCUUUGUCCUCUACUGUCCUCUGUCCUCUACUGUCCUCUGCUGUCCUCUACUGUCCUCAGUCCUCUACUGUCCUCUGUCCUCUGCCCUCUACUGUCCUCUGCUGUCCUCUGUCCUCUGCUGUCCUCUGUCCUCUACUGUCCUCUACUGUCCUCAGUCCUCUACUGUCCUCUGUCCUCUACUGUCCUCUUCUGUCCUCUGCUGUCCUCUACUUUCCUCUGUCCUCUACUAUCCUCUGUCCUCUACUGUCCUCUGCUGUCCUCUACUGUCCUCUGUCCUCUACUGUCCUCUGUCCUCUACUGUCCUCUUCUGUCCUCUGUCCUCUACUGUCCUCUGUCCUCUGCUGUCCUCUACUGUCCUCUGCUGUCCUCUGUCCUCUACUGUCCUCUGUCCUCUGUCCUCUGUCCUCUGUCCUCGACUGUCCUUUGUCCUCUACUGUCCUCUGUCCUCUACUGUCCUCUGUUGUCCUCUACUGUCCUCAGUCCUCUACUGUCAUCUGCUGUCCUCUGUCCUCUGCUGUCCUCUGUCCUCUACUGUCCUCUGUUGUCCUCUGUCCUCUGCUGUCCUCACGCUGUCCUCUACUGUCCUCUAUCCUCUACUGUCCUCUGUCCUCUGUCCUCUACUGUCCUCUACUGUCCUCUGUCUUCUGUCCUCUGUUGUCUUCUGUCCUCGACUGUCCUUUGUCCUCUACUGUCCUCUGUCCUCUACUGUCCUCUGCUGUCCUCUACUGUCCUCAGUCCUCUACUGUCAUCUGCUGUCCUCUGUCUUCUACUGUCCUCUGUCUUCUACUGUCCUCUGCUGUCCUCUGUCUUCUACUGUCCUCUGCUGUCCUCUGUCCUCACGCUGUCCUCUACUGUCCUCUGUUGUCGUCUGUCUUCUGCUGUCCUCUGUCCUCUACUGUCCUCUGUCCUCUGUCCUCUGCUGUCCUCUGUCCUCUGCUGUCCUCUACUGUCCUCUGUCCUCUACUGUCCUCUAUCCUCUACUGUCCUCUGAUGUCCUAUGUCCUCUACUGUCCUUUGUCCUCUACUGUCCUCUGCUGUCCUCUACUGUCCUCAGUCCUCUACUGUCCUCUAAUGUCCUCUGUCUUCUACUGUCCUCUGCUGUCCUCUGUCUUCUACUGUCCUCUGCUGUCCUCUGUCUUCUACUGUCCUCACGCUGUCCUCUGCUGUCGUCUGUCUUCUGCUGUCCUCUGUCCUCUACUGUCCUCUGUCCUCUGCUGUCCUCUGUCCUCUGUCCUCUACUGUCCUCUGAUGUCCUCUACUGUCCUCUAUCCUCUACUGUCCUCUGAUGUCCUCUGUCCUCUACUGUCCUUUGUCCUCUACUGUCCUCUGCUGUCCUCUACUGUCCUCAGUCCUCUACUGUCCUCUAAUGUCCUCUGUCCUCUGUCUUCUACUGUCCUCUGUCCUCACGCUGUCCUCUACUGUCCUCUGUCCUCUACUGUCCUCUGCUGUCCUCUGUCCUCUGCUGUCCUCUGUCCUCUACUGUCCACUGUCCUCUACUGUCCUCUGUCCUCUACUGUCCUUUGUCCUCUACUGUCCUCUGUCCUCUACUGUCCUCUGCUGUCCUCUACUGUCCUCAGUGUCCUCUGCUGUCCUCUGUCUUCUACUGUCCUCUGCUGUCCUCUGUCUUCUACUGUCCUCUGCUGUCCUCUGUCCUCUGUCCUCUGCUGUCGUCUGUCUUCUGCUGUCCUCUGUCCUCUACCUCUGUCCUCUGUCCUCUGUGUCCUCUGUCCUCUGCUGUCCUCUACUGUCUUCUGUCCUCUGCUGUCCUCUGCUGUCCUCUACUGUCCUCUGCUGUCCUCAGUCCUCUACUGUCAUCUGCUGUCCUCUGUCCUCUGCUGUCCUCUGUCCUCUACUGUCCUCUGUUGUCCUCUGUCCUCUGCUGUCCUCACGCUGUCCUCUACUGUCCUCUGUCCUCUACUGUCCUCUGUCCUCUACUGUCCUCUACUGUCCUCUGUCUUCUGUCCUCUGUUGUCUUCUGUCCUCGACUGUCCUUUGUCCUCUACUGUCCUCUGCUGUCCUCUACUGUCCUCAGUCCUCUACUGUCAUCUGCUGUCCUCUGUCCUCUGUCUUCUACUGUCCUCUGCUGUCCUCUGUCUUCUACUGUCCUCUGCUGUCCUCUGUCUUCUACUGUCCUCUGCUGUCCUCUGUCCUCACGCUGUCCUCUACUGUCCUCUGCUGUCGUCUGUCUUCUGCUGUCCUCUGUCCUCUACUGUCCUCUGCUGUCCUCUGUCCUCUGCUGUCCUCUACUGUCCUCUGUCCUCUGAUGUCCUCUGUCCUCUACUGUCCUCUGUCCUCUACUGUCCUCUGCUGUCCUCUGUCCUCUACUGUCCUCUCUCUACUGUCCUCUGUCCUCUGUCCUCUACUGUCCUCUGUCCUCUACUGUCCUCUGUCCUCUACUGUCCUCUGUCCUCUACUGUCCUCUACUGUCCUCUGUCCUCUACUGUCCUCUGCUGUCCUCUGUCCUCUACUGUCCUCUGCUGUCCUCUGUCCUCUACUGUCCUCUGCUGUCCUCUGUCCUCUGCUGUCCUCUACUGUCCUCUGUCCUCUGCUGUCCUCUGCUGUCCUCUACUGUCCUCUGAUGUCCUCUGUCCUCUACUGUCCUCUAUCCUCUACUGUCCUCUGAUGUCCUCUGUCCUCUACUGUCCUCUGUCCUCUACUGUCCUCUGCUGUCCUCUACUGUCUACUGUCCUCUACUGUCCUCUGUCCUCUGCUGUCCUCUGCUGUCCUCUGUCCUCUGCUGUCCUCUGUCCUCUACUGUCCUCUGUCCUCUGCUGUCCUCUACUGUCCUGUCCUCUGCUGUCCUCUGUCCUCUACUGUCCUCUGUCUUCUACUGUCCUCUGUCCUCUACUGUCCUCUACUGUCCUCUACUAUCCUCUGUCCUCUACUGUCCUCUGA